AUGGCUUUUAUUCCAGAGAUGCUCAAAAAUCCUUGCAUGGCACAUGGGCAAAAUCUUGAUGAGAUUAACAAGAAAUAAUUUAUUAUAUUAUUUUAUCGUAUAAAAUGGAAUACUUUCUUUAGAAAUUUUGCAAAUGAAAUUAAGAAUUUGAGAAUAUUGAAACAGAAAUAAAAGAUUAGAAAAGCCUAAAAAUAAAAGAUAAAGAAAGGAAAUUAUCAAAAUUACUUUAAUAAUUUUUAAAGUUUGAUGAAAAAACUUGAGCUACUCAAACAAAUAAUACUUACAUUAAAAAAAAAAUAAAUCAUUAGUUGUUGUGAAACCAAAUGAGUAAGUGAUUAAAGAGAUUCUGCAUGUAGAGUAUUGGAUAUAAGAGCAAGAUAAUAAAUACAUGUAUUAGAAGGACACAUAAAUACAAUAGAUUCAAUUAUUUGUUAAGAAUUUGAGCCUUAAAUAGGAAAUGGAUCUUAAGAUUCUAUGAUUAAAUUAUGGGAUAGGACCUCAUAUAAAUGUAUAUCUAGUUUAACUAAUCAUAAAAAAAUCAGUAAGAGCCUUAGCUUUUCAUAUAUUAGAAUAUACAUUUUGUCCAACUACUUCUGA